CGCCCCUCCUCCCGGGACUCCGUGCCGGCUGUAGCCUAGGCAGCGGUGUCCGCUGGAGAGGGCGAGCCGGGGGGGGCCGGGCUCCAUCCCCGUCAGCCUGGGCGAGGACCGGCUCCGCCGAGGGGAGCCCGGGAGAGGGGCUUGGCCGGGCCGAGCGGGAGCCGCCACCCAGUGAGGGGGCCGGGGAGCCACAGCCCGCCGAGGGUCCAUUGCCGGGGAGCCGCUUGCCGGGAUCGUUUCUGUCAGAGCCUGCGGGGGGCUUGUGGUGAGGGCGAGGAGAGGAGUUCUGAAGGGCUGCGCCGGCAUAGUUAAUUCAUCGCUGGAUUUCGGGGCGGAGCCCGCGUUCAGCAGGCGAUUUAAUAAGAUUUGCUAGUUGACAAGAAGGGUCCCCUCGCUUCUUAUCCAUCCCCUCGUGCGGCUCCCGCUACUAGCUUCAUUUCAGGCCACAUGGGAUAGUACGUCUGUCUAAUUAUUUGUCUGGGGGAGAGCACCUGCUGCUGGAGAAAAGAGACUGUGACCCCCCCCCCCCAAAGGAGAUAUAGUAACAAAAAAAAAAAACCAACCCCCCACCCUGGCAAUGAAUUUGCCCCUCAUGAACAUCAGGCGGCAGUAGCUGAGGCUAAUGGGGCAGUCAGUUUUGUAGCAUUUAAAUCAUUUGAGCUGCUGUAACACUCUCUCUCUGGUUGUUUAAGAGGAGAUUUGUAUUGAAUUCAAACCACUUCUUGGAGCAUCCUUGUCCCUGGGAUGCCAUGUCCCGGUAAAGCUGCAGUUGCUGCCUUUUGCAGGGCUUUGUGAGGGAGCCUUGCUUCUCAGUAACCACGUACAUAUUUUUAAGAGGAUAUUUGUAUUUUUAUCAUUUUUAUAGCUUGUGCAAAGUCCCUUUUUCAGAGAACUUCAGUCACAGUACAAGUGUUAAAGGGAACCACCGGCAACAGUUACUUGCCCUUGUCACAAUGUGGACUUUUCUGGGCAUCGCCUCCUUCAUCUAUGUGUAUAAGAAAUGUGGAGACUUGAUGACUUAUGUCAACAAAGAGGUGCUGCUGACUAUGUUGAUGUUUUUCUCUCUUGGUUUGCUGCUGUCUUAUUGGUAUCGUUCUGGGUGGCUAAAACAACAGCAGUGGGGGCAGCAGAAACAGUCCCACUUCGGGUUGCUCUGUAGUGUUCUCUCAGCUUUGCCACUCAUCGGUUUUUUCUGGGCCAAAUCCACCCCUGGAUCUCCACAGGCAGAGCAAACCAAAUCCAGAAAGGGUAAAAGAGGGGUAAACUCAAACACUGUGACAGAGACUGCUACAAAUACAAUAUUAGCUCCCCAGUCUGAUCCAGAGGUUAUCAUCGUGGGUUCAGGUGUACUUGGUUCUGCUUUGGCUGCAGUGCUGUCAAGAGACGGAAGAAAUGUGACAGUAGUAGAGAGGGAUCUGAAGGAACCUGACAGGAUAGUUGGAGAAUUGUUACAACCUGGAGGAUAUAAUGCUCUUAAAGAACUAGGUCUUGAAGAUUCAGUGGAAGGUGUUGAUGCUCACAUAGUAAAUGGUUACAUAAUUCAUGAUCUAGAGAGCAAGUCAGAGGUUGAAAUUCCUUACCCAAACUCUGCAGAUGGUCUGGUUCAGAGUGGAAGAGCAUUUCAUCAUGGGCGCUUCAUCAUGGGUCUCCGAAGGGCAGCCAUGGCAGAAUCCAACACAAAAUUCAUUGAAGGGACUGUGUUACAACUGCUCGAGGAAGAGGACUGUGUGGUGGGUGUUCAGUAUAAGGAUAAAGAAACUGGAGAUAUUAAGGAACUGCAUGCGCCUCUGACUGUUGUUGCUGAUGGACUUUUCUCCAAGUUUAGGAAAAAUUUGGUGUCCAACAAAGUUACUGUUUCAUCCUAUUUUGUUGGCUGCAUUUUGAAAAAUUCACCACAGUUUAAAGCCAAUCAUGCUGAACUUGUUUUAGCUAAUCCUAGUCCAGUCCUUGUCUACCAGAUUUCUUCAAAUGAGACUCGAGUACUUGUUGAUAUUCGAGGGGAAAUGCCAAAAAACAUCAAAGAAUACAUGACUGAGAAAAUUUAUCCACAACUACCUGAGCACCUAAAGGAACCAUUCCUAAUAGCAGUUCAAAAUGAUCGUUUGAGGACCAUGCCAGCAAGCUUCCUACCUCCGUCACCUGUUAACAAACAAGGCGUUCUUCUUUUGGGAGAUGCAUAUAAUAUGAGGCACCCUCUGACAGGUGGAGGAAUGAGUGUUGUUUUGAAUGAUAUUAAAAUAUGGAGAAGCUUGCUCCAGAAUAUUCCAGAUCUUUAUGAGGAUUCUGCUAUUCUUCAGGCAAAAAAGACAUUUUACUGGUCAAGAAAAAAUUCUCAUUCUUUUGUAGUGAAUGUUCUUGCUCAGGCCCUUUAUGAACUGUUUGCUGCCAGAGAUGAUUCCUUGCAUCAACUAAGGCAAGCGUGUUUCCAUUACUUCAAACUUGGGGGAGAGUGUGUCUCGGGUCCAGUUGGAUUGCUAUCUGUCUUAUCUCCUAAACCAAUGGUACUGAUUGGCCACUUCUUUGCCGUUGCACUAUAUGCUGUUUAUUUUUGCUUUAAAUCAGAGUCCUGGGUCAUGAAGCCACGAGCGUUUUUCAGUAGUGGUGCUGUACUUUACCGGGCUUGCUCUGUAAUAUUUCCACUUAUUUUCUCUGAAAUGAAGUAUAUAGUCUAUUAAAUAUUAGAGGAAAACAAAUGGAGGAAAAAUAUGUGAAAUUCACCAAGCCUUUACAAUCUUUUGGACAUGUACUGUUCAAUACUGUAUGAUGUUCACCUCUGUUUAAAGUGCAACCCCCUGUUCAGGAUUUGACUUAAUUUUAUUCUUGUGGGUAUAUGUACAUAUGUAAAUAUAUGUUCCUUUACCAUGUAAGUUUAAAAAUGACUUAACUGUUUACAAGAACCAUCAUUAACUAUUGACAUGUGGUAGAAAAGGAAGAGGACAAUUUCCUCACUUUAUCCAUUCCAUAGAAUGCACAGUUAAGGUCGAUGAUGUUAAUAAAAUGAAGAGUGAACAGUUUAAGUCAUUUGCUGCUGCAUCCUUCAAUGUUUCCAUGGAAUGUUUGUUUUCUUUAUUACUAUGAAAUAUUGUAAGACAAUUUUCAUUUAUUUCAUUAAAAAUCUUUGCCUCUA